GUGACGUCACACCCAAACAAGAAGUAGUUUGCUGGUGAUUACUGCCGGAUGGUUCAAACUAAGUGGAUUUUCUCUCUAUAACUAACUGUUAUCACAAUGUCUCAGGACCCAUGGUUACAGAAUUAUGAUGCCACUUGUCGCUUGGCACAGGAAAUAGCAGAAAACAUUCAUGAACGGAACAGGCAGCAAAGAACAGGGGGGAACCCUGCAAAGAUCAACAUGACACUACGGGCAUCACUGCAGAAGCUCAAACAGAAUAUUGCCCAGCUUAAAGAGGGUUUGUUGCGAGCAUCAUCCUCUCGCCGCAUAAUGCAGUCAGAAGCUGACAGGAGGCAGAACCUUAUUGAUGACCUGCUAACCAGAGAGAAGCAGCUCAACGCCACCUUCAAGGGAGACAUCACGGAGCCCGAACCUUCCAGGUCGACGUUGAUGGGCACAGGGGCAGGAACGAGUGGAGGUGUUGCGGCCAACCCCUGGCUGGUCAACGAAUCAGAGGAGACCAGAGGGCUGACCUUUGGAGAGAUCAAACAGCAGCAACAGCGAAUCAUCGAAGCCCAGGAUGCAGGCUUGGAUGCACUAUCAGCUGUCAUCAGCCGACAGAAGAUAAUGGGCCAGGAGAUCGGCAAUGAGCUGGAUGAACAGAAUGAAAUCAUUGACGACCUUGCACAUCUUGUGGACAAGACAGACGACAGGAUUCGCAACGAGACACGAAGGGUGAAGCUGGUGGAGACGAAGUCAGCGUCCUGUGGGAUGCUGGUGGUGAUCGUGCUGCUUCUCAUAGCCAUCAUAGUGGUCGCCGUGUGGCCUGUGUAGUUGACGAAGACAGAAGUAAUCAUGGACCUAUGCUGAAUGACUUCAACAAUGACAGUUUGGUGCAGAUUACCAGUUUGAAACUUUAUGCAUCCGCAGUGCACACAUGUACAGUCAUUUAAACAUUGUCUCCCAUCAAAUUUUAUUAUUCUUUGUCUUCAUAUUGAGACAAAUGUGGCUGUCCAACCAAGCCACUGUGAAAUGAAGACUUAAGUCCUUUAGCAGCACAAUUACAUUUUUGUAUACAGUAAGUCUAUUGGUUGGGUGAAAGGCAUUAGUAACCAUACAAAAGGUUUGUUUUUUUAAUAGAAUAUAUUGCCUAGGUGUGAAUUGUACUCUUUAACAGUUGUUCAAGUGUCUGGCUCGUUAAAUUCACAACGUAUCAAAUAACUAAAUUAUUUGGAGGUUUGUUAGCCUUUUGAAAAUAUUUUUAGCCUGGACUGAGAUGAAUGUUGACCCAACAGUAGGACCUCCUGCAGGUAGCAGGAGCUUUUCCUCUCAUAAGUCUGUCUGUGGUCUGGGCUCAGGCUCACACUGGGUACGGUAAUUCCGCGAGCUUUGCAAUAUUCACACUCACUUAUAUUUACCCAUGCAUUACUGUAGCAGCUGUAAUGUUAUCAUUUGUCUUGGGAUUUUAUAACGUUUGUAGAACAGCUCGCAGCCAAAACAAACAGCUCGGCUGUGUAACUAACAUGGCUGUUUUCCUUCCUUGUAAAACAAUUCAGCUUGUAAUUUCUAAUAAAUGACAUUUCCAGUUAAUAGUC